UUAAAAAAAAAAACCUAAGGGACGGGUUAAGUGAAAUAUGCUUAGUUUGAGUUUGAUUUUCAUGAGUCCGAUGUUGAGGUUCUCAGUUGUCGGAAAAUAAUAGUUUUUCAAGUUUAUUUUUUACUGCUUGGGUUUUUCUAUAGUUUAGAAUUUGAACCUAACUCGUUAGAAUUAGGUUUUAUUUAGAAAUUAAAAUUUAGUUAUUAUAAAUAAGAUGCUUAUUAUUCACUUGUGCGUAAUAUAUGCUUGAUUUUGGGACAUGGGGUCUUACGUACCAUAACUAAUAACCUUACCUUUUUACACAUAAAAAUCCCCCUCUCCUCCUCCGAGCAAUCUUCUCUUCCUCACAAUCCCACCAACCUCCAUCCUCCCCCCAAAUUUUUUAUUUUCAAUCAUUAAUCUCUAACCUCUCCCCUAAACCGUCUCUCAACCAGCCUAGCUAUGGCUACCACUCUCCCUCAUCCUCCUAUUCUUCCUUGACCCCCUCAAGGGCCUCCACCACCUUCUUCUACCAUUAAGGGCAGGAUGGCCGCCUCAUUGACAUCGCAUGGCCUCCUGUCUCUCCUCCUCCUCCUUCUCAUCUUCCUCCACUGCCCCACCCACGGGGCCGCCACCACAGGCAUCCGCCUUGGCAUCAUCCGGAAAAUUUCUCCGGAUGUUGCCAUUUUUCGAGAAGCUCCAGCUUUUCGAAAUGGGGAUGUUUGCGAGCAUGAAGAGAAAAUUCACAUUGCCAUGACACUUGACUCCAAUUACCUAAGAGGCACCAUGGCGGCUGUGCUUUCAAUCCUGCAACACUCGACGUGCCCAGAGAUUGUCGAGUUCCACUUUCUCUGGGCACGGUUCGAGCCCGAGGUGCUCUCCAACAUCAAAUCCACCUUCCCCUACCUCAAAUUCAACGUCUACCGCUUCGAUUCAAAGAGGGUACGUGGGAAAAUAUCAAAGUCGAUACGCCAAGCCUUGGACCAACCCUUAAACUAUGCACGUAUUUACCUAGCCGACAUAAUCCCAGUUGAGGUGAAAAGGGUUCUAUACCUAGACUCGGACCUUGUGGUUGUGGAUGACGUGGCAAAGUUAUGGAAGGUUGACUUGCAAGGCAAGGUAUUGGCAGCGCCUGAAUAUUGCCAUGCAAACUUCACCCAAUAUUUCACAGAAUCGUUCUGGUCCGACAACGAAAUGUCCAAAACGUUUGAGGGCAGAAAUCCUUGCUAUUUCAACACAGGGGUGAUGGUGGUGGACGUGGAUAAAUGGAGACAAGGUGGGUACACUAAGAAAAUGGAGGAGUGGAUGCUGGUGCAGAAGCAGAAGCGAAUUUACCAUUUGGGGUCUUUGCCGCCGUUUUUGUUGGUUUUGGCUGGCGACAUCACGGCUGUUCAUCACAGGUGGAACCAGCAUGGACUUGGUGGGGACAAUCUCGAAGGCAAGUGUAGGAGUUUGCAUCCUGGCCCUAUAAGCUUGUUGCAUUGGAGUGGGAAGGGCAAGCCCUGGUUGAGGUUAGAUUCAAGAAAGCCCUGCACCGUUGAUCAUCUGUGGGCCCCCUAUGAUCUCUACCGUUCAUCAGCUCAUUAUUUUGAAGAAUGAGAGAUGAUGAGAUCAACGGUGUGGGAAGAGCAAGAAGGUGAGAAAUAGUUUUGGAGUAAAAAAUUUGGGUCAAGGGGGAUAAGGGAGUUUGAUUAACUAGAAGAGCAAGAAGGUGAGAAAAUGGUCACUGGGUAAGUUGCUAUCCUUUUUCUUUUUACCUUUUAAUAUUUAUCCUAGACCAAGUAAAAAUAAAAAAUAAAAAGCAAGAAAAAGUAUAGAAACAAAAGUAAAACUUUAGGGAGUAAAUUAAUUUGGGCUAAGGCUGGUUAAUUGCAAGGAGGGCAUAUAUUUACUUAAAGGAAACACAUGGAAGAGGAAGAAGACUUCACAGUGUUUGAGUUAUUUUUUCUUCUUCCGAUGGAAAUGUUAUCAGCAUAGCUUUCGACCACCGGAAGAUCCUCUUACCGGAGUUUUAUGGCGGCCCUCAACGUUAUUUGUUUAAAUAUGGAAUGAUGUCUCCAUAUCCAGUUUAGUGUAUAAUUAAGUUUAUUUAGCCUAACAAUAUGUUGGUACAUUUUU